AUGUCCAGCUCAGACCCUAACGCAUUAGCCCCGACUACAGAAGGUGCAAUGGCAAUCGUUCAGGCUCAGCAGCAGCAGAUUCUCCAGCAACAGCAACAGCAGCAAUAUAAUCAGCCGGCUAGCUAUGCCCAACCUGGUUUUAGCUUCCCGGGUGCCUCCAUGCCUCCUCCUGCAAACCCGCCAAGACACAACAGAAGAGCAUCGGGUAACAACAAUUACGACCAUGACCAGUCCUACAACGCAAGAGGUCACAGAAGAGCCCAAUCUUCGGUUGCUUCUGGUGCAUAUCAGAAUUACAAUAAACAGGAUAACAGACAGCAUGCAUUGGGGCACAAUAGAAGACAUUCUCUUGGCGUUUCUGAAGCAAAAAGGGCCGCUGCCGAAGCUCAGGCUCAAAGAUCCGGUCUUCCAGUCAAGCCGGAGUCUUCAGCUCCCAACUUCAAAUUUCCUCCAGAAUCCGACGAUGACUCAGGAUUCCAAAGACAAGGCGGUCAUUACAGAUCCAGAUCAAGUGUCUCGCCUCAGAGAUCAUUUCAAUUCCCUCCAAGAGACAACUCACAAACUCUUCUUCCACCUUCCGGCAAUUACGGCCACGAGAGAAGGCAAUCUGGAAAUUACGGCUUUAGAACAGCUCCAUCUGAUAUCAACGCCAAUUGGAGAAAACAACAACAGCCUGUUCCCUCCCAGUCGUCGUUAUCUGGAUUUGAACCUCCUUCGUUCCAACCAGGUCACCGUGUGAGAUCAUCCUACGGUGGAUCCGUGUCGUCCAUUGCUCAGUUCAACCAGUCCCAGAACGGUCAGCAAAGAAAAUCUCUCUUCGCGCCAUACCUCCCACAGAGCUCCCUUCCGGAUCUCAUUAACGAGGGAAGAUUGGUCACAGGUGUCUUGAGAGUGAACAAGAAAAACAGAUCGGACGCUUAUGUGUCUACAGAUGGCCUAUUGGACUCUGAUAUAUUUAUCUGUGGAUCUAAAGAUAGAAACAGAGCCUUAGAGGGAGAUUUAGUUGCUGUGGAGCUUCUGGUUGUUGACGAAGUUUGGUCUUCCAAACGUGAAAAAGAGGAGAAAAAGCGGAGAAAAGAUAAUGUCAGUGCCCAGGCUGAUGUUGCUGACGAUUUCCACAAUGAUGCUAGCACCACUUACUCUUCCUCUACAUCCUCAAGUGCUGCAGCAGAUUCUUCUCAAGGUACCGAAACUCCACCUUCAACACAGUCAUCUAAUGGGCUUGGCCGUAGCUCAGGGUCACUAAACAGAAGAGGAUCUUUAAAGCAGCGUCCACCCCAGAAGAAGAAUGACGAUGUUGAAGUUGAAGGUCAAUCGUUACUUCUUGUUGAAGAGGAGGAAAUUAGUGAUGACUGCAAACCUUUAUAUGCAGGUCACGUUGUGGCUGUUGUUGACAGAAUUCCUGGACAAUUGUUCUCCGGAACUUUGGGGCUGUUGAGACCAUCCCAAGCCGCAAAAGAAAAGGACAGUAAAGAUAAAGACGACCAAAAAUCGUCUAAUCCACGCCCAAAAAUCGUGUGGUUCAAACCUACUGAUAAGAAGGUGCCAUUGAUUGCUAUUCCUACCGAACAAGUCCCAAGAGACUUUGUUCAAAACCACGAAAAAUAUGCCGAUCAGGUGUUCAUUGCUUCCAUUAAGAGAUGGCCAAUCACAUCUCUCCACCCAUUCGGUACCCUUGUUUCGCAGCUGGGACCGAUGAACGAUCCUCAAAUUGAGAUCGAUUCAAUUCUCAGAGACAACAAUUUCCUGUGCGAUGAAUAUCCUGACGACGAAGAAAAAUAUUUGCAGGAGUUGCCAGAUACAAAAUUGGCUCUCGAUAACGAACACAGAAGAACUUUUGAAGACGAAUAUGUGAUUGCGUUCACACAGACCGGUUCUUUCUGCGACCACGCAUUCCAUGUGAAAAUAGUCUCCGACACCAAGAUCCAGCUUGGUGUCCACAUUCUGGAUGUGGCACAUUAUAUCAAGCAAGGGUCCGGACUUGAUAAAAGAUCCAAAAAGAGAUCUCACUCCGUGUUCCUUCCUCAGAAGUGCGUCCACUUGUUCCCAGGAAAAGUUAACGAGUUCUUGUCUUUCAAGGAAGGCAGGACUGGACUUGCUCUUUCCGUCGUUUUUGAGAUCGACUCCACCACUUUCGAUAUUGACGAUGUCUGGAUGGGGGAGUCUGUGGUGACCCCGAAACAGAAAGUUGACUAUGGUACCAUGGAUGAGAUCAUCAGUAAGUCUUCUACGAACGCCAAGGAGGGCGCUAAUGCAACAUCAGGAUACAUCAGCACUCUUUCCUUGAUUGCUCAAGGACUGAGAAGAAGACGUUUGAACAAUCCGAAACUUGGAUUGGAGCCAGUGCUGCCACUGUUAGAGCAGCUUGACGAUGAGAAAGUGAAGCUGUCUCUCAACAUAUACGAUGUCAGCACUUCUACCACUGUGAUUGACGAGCUCUUCCACAAUGUGAACGCUGCUGUUGCACAGAGAAUUCAUGCCGUGCUUGGAGACAGAGCUUUGUUGAGAAAGUAUGCCAUUCCUACGCUGGCCAAGUUUGAAAAUUACAACAAAAAGGCCUCCAACCUUGGUGUGGAGCUCGACACCACGAACGCUGCGUCUUUCCAGAAUUCGUUGCUCCAAAUUGAAGACCCUGUCAAGAGAACAGCCAUUGAGACGAUUCUGAUCAAGUCGAUGCCAAGAGGCAAAUACGUGAUUGCAGGUAAGACCGAUGCCGACAGCUUGAACCACUAUCUGUUUAAUCUUCCGGUUUACACGCACUUCACGGCUCCUUUGAGAAGAUACGCCGACAUCAUUGUGCACAGACAGCUGAAGGCCGUUUUGAGCGGCGAUGUUCAAGAGUACAAGGAGACGUUGGAGUCUCUCAAGAUGAACAGCGAUUACUGUAAUUUCAAAAAAGACUGUGCCAAGGCCGCCCAAGAGCAAGCCAUCCAUCUACUUCUUUGCCAAACCAUUAACGAAAUGAGUGUUUCCACCGGACAGAUCCUUACCAUGGGAACCGUGAUACAGGUUUACGAGUCGUCUUUCGACGUGUUGUUGCCGGACUUUGGAAUUGAGAAGCGUGUGCACGGCGACCAGCUGCCUCUCAGAAAGGCCGAGUUCGACAGAACAGAGCGUGUCCUCGAACUCCACUGGGAGCCUGGCGUCGACUCGGCCACGUUUGUUCCAGACGACGAGAAAGAGCCGUUCUCGUACAGAGCCUCGAUCAAGAACAAAUAUCGUUCGCCAGCCAGCACUGCUGCCAAGUCCCAGAGCAAACAGGUGCUUGAGAGCGGCAACAUGAUCUCGGACGAGCUGACCCAGAAACUGGCCAACAUGAGCCUGUCUGCGCCGCAGCUUGCAGUUCCGUCCGAAUCUACCCCAGAGAAGGACGUUUCCGACGAGCUUACCCCCCACGAUGCUGCUUUGACCCCGUACCUGCAACAUUGCAUCACCAGAGUCGAUAACGACAAUUACAUCCAGGAGAUCAGAGAACUAAAGCAAGUGCCUAUUCUGCUGAGAUCCGAGGUGAUCUUGAUGGAUCUUUCCGUCGAAUGGACAAUGAUGCUCUUGUGGAACAGUCCUGGAGGCAGCGGGUUGCUGUCGUCGACAGACUCCACGCUCGAGAUGGCCAGGGCACGGAUCUUGUUCUCUGACGGGUCACCAAGAAUAGGAUUGGUAGCAGACCAGUACAAGGUGAGACUGUAUGGAUGGAUCCAGAAGUACCUCUCGUGUCUCGUCUCGGAAAGAGAAGACAAUGGUCCCAGUUUGCGUUGUUCCAGCUUCGAUGGCUCUAUCGUUUCCAGUCCAAGGUUCUUGGCGAUCUUCUUCAACUUGUCUACGUCGGUAGCAGAUUUAUCACCGGACUUGCUGUCCCAUGGUAAAACCACAAAUCCGAGCUCGGAUGCACGUCUUUCAAGAUCAGCUUUGCUAACAACGGAAGUCUCGAGCUUCUCGGAAGCGUCUUCGUAG